AUGCGAGUGCUCCUGCGUGAGGAUAAAAGAAAUGAUGUCAUCAGCCAGAGCUCUGGCCACGUGCUCACUCGCAUGCACACAGAAUCCCGGUCUGCCAAAGGAGCGCCUUUGACCAGCGAAGGUCUUCAGGGCCGCCUUGUCAGCAUCCCACCCAGAUGGUCCCCCAGCCCGGCCAGGAACCGCCCAAGGCGGCACACGCGGGACAGACCCGAAGAACGGGAGUGCCACCUACAGAGUCUGUUGGUUCGCAUCAAGGACCUGGGAUUGGGCUACGACUCUGAGGAGACCAUCCUCUUCAAGUACUGCAGUGGGAGCUGCCCCAAGGCCCGCAGUAACCACGACCUGACGCUGGCGCUCCUGCUGCAGAAGAGCGAGCUCCCAGCCUUGGGCGAACCCUGUUGCCGGCCCUCACACUACGAGGAUGUGGCCUUUCUGGACGACAGCCACCAGUGGCACGAGGUGGAAAAGCUCUCUGCCUCUUCCUGCAGCUGUAUGGGGUGA